AUGGCCUACGCUGCAGAGGCCCAGAUCGUGGUGGUCGCCAUGGUGGCGGCGAUGCUCCUGUCCGCGCCAUACGCCGCCAACGCUGACAUCACCUGUGAGCAGGUGAACCCCGUCUUCGGCGAAUGCGUGAAGAACAUGCGAGCUGGAGUGCCCCUGUCCACGGGCUGCUGCAACGGUUUGAAGAGUCUGGCCAACUCCCUGACGACCAUUGCCGACAACCGUGCCACGUGCAGCUGCUUCAAGACCUUCGUCGCGAAGGCGAAUGGGGUCAAGCUUGGCGAUAUUCUUGGCGUCCCGCGCAUGUGCGGCAUCAGCGCCGACACCACCUUCUCCACUAUCCUCCGCAGGUGCUAGAUCCACUAAAUUAAGCAUCGACUGAUAGAUCAACUACUCCUCGCCGGCGUUACAUGCAUUUAGACGUAUAUUAUGUAUACUGAAUAAAGGCUACGAUACUCCAGCCAGCUCUGCCAUUGUAUCGAUCGGUGUUUGAUGUGUUCCUUUCUCUACCUUUAAGAGGCACGUUGUAUACCAUACAUACCCUCUGCCAGAUUAUAUAUUCCACUCUUGUUGUGGAAUUGCAUCUCA